AACGUCCGUAUCGAUGCCAAGCGUUCGUUUUCAUGCAGUUGUCAGUAUACGCCAGUAUAGUAUGUUUAUCUAUUGUCUGUGCGUAGUAGCAAGUUCAGUUAUCGCAUAACGAGAGAAAAUUUGUCCUUGGCCAAUAUGCAGAACUCUCGCAAUCAACCCUCAAGUAGCAGAACGAGUUCCAGAUUUGUUAUGAGCUAAAUUGAUAUGCCAAGAUUUAGGAAGAAGACCAUUCAUAUGAGGAGGCUGGAGGCCAGGCUUAGAAUGCGAGAGAAGAGAAGUGAAGCCAAGAUUAUAAGAGCCAUAGAGAAGCAGUUAGAUUCUCAUAGAGACUUUUACUCAAGUUCUUCCUUCAACUCUGCUUCUCUUAGCUCACUUAUUGACUCCCUGCCACCAAUUCCUAGGCAUGACAAGGGCUUGUCAUCGUCACAACAAGCCACAAUGGAAUCACUAGCAAAGCUACAGCCUCCCAUUGACUUUGCCCUCUUGGCCAAGAUGGGUGUCAGCUUAGACCCCAUAACUCUAUCUUCUGCGGCUGCUGCUGUGGCAGCUGCUGGCUACCGCAAUGAUGUGGAUGUCAAGCUGAUGAGCUCUUCAUCUGGUGCUGGGAAGUCCAGUGACCACUCUUCCCACUCCUACCCCUCUCCUCACUCAUCAGUGCCUCAUUCCUCUCUCUCGGUAGGCCUGCCAUCACCACACUCCUCGCACCACAGCAAAAGUGACACAGCAUACAUAGCCAAGUUGCAGGAAGCUAGUCUUGCAACAGCCAACUUACUGGCUAAACUUGAUCAUAAUUUGCUGUCAAAGCUUGAUCCUAACACAUUGGCACAGCUUUCCAAACUCGAUGCUGCCAGCUUUAGUAAAUUAGACCAUGCAACCUUGACACAGCUUGUGAAAGUGGAUGCGGCGGCUGCCGCUGCCGCAGCUGCUGCUGCUGCUUCUCCUACCACAAUGAACAUGUCCAAAAACGACCAGGCCAUGCUAGCUCAGCUUGCUAAACUUGACCCUCACAUCCUGAAGAAGAUUGAUCAGGCUGCUUUAAAUCAGCUUACAAAGCUCGACCCCAUGAUGCUGGCUAAAUUGGAUACAAGUACUAUGAACCACUUGGCCAAGCUUGAUGCCCACACUCUCUCCAAACUAGACCACACAGCCCUGACGCAACUAGUUCGUCACGACGCACUCAUGCAGGCUCAGGCCAGGGCGGCUCAUGCUCUCAAUAAGAUGGAUUCUGCUCAGAUGGCUCAGCUGAGCAAGAUGGAUCCUCAUUUGCUCUCCAAGCUCGAUCCGAAUACCUUGGCUCAGUUGGCUAAGUUGGAUGCUCACACUUUGUCUAAAUUGGAUCAUGCCACACUAGCUCAGCUUGUCAAAGUUGAUCAGAGCAGCAAGAUGGAAAGUAUGUCAGCAGGGCAGCACAGCAAGCCUGAGUCUAGUCUUAGUUCAAAUAAGAUGGACCACCACAAGAUGGCCAAGAUGGAUACCAAUAUGGCAAAACUUGACUCUCAAACUUUGAUGAAAAUGAAUCCCGCUGCAGUGGCUCAUCUUGCAAAGUUGGAUCAGCACAUGCUGGCAAAGCUGGACCACACGACGAUCAACCAACUUCUGAAAAUGGACAUACAGACGCUCAGCACUCUGGAUAACAAUGCUCUAGCCCAGCUUGCCAAGAUGGACUCACAGACCAUGUCUAAACUAGACGCUCAGCUCGCACAGAUAGCUAAACUUGACUCACACACGCUCAGCAAGUUGGAUAUACACACACUAGCUCAGCUGGUUAAGGUUGAGCCUAGCAUUGUUGGUAAACUGGACCCUGGCACGCUCGCCCAGCUCACCAAACUCGAGGCCCAGCAGAUGCAAGCUGCAGCUGCUGCUGCUGGACUCAGUAAAGCCGAUUUGGCUGAGCUGCGAAAACUGGAAGCAGAAGCUCUCGCUCGCCUACAAGCAGCACCAGAGACAGACCUGAUCACUACGUUGACGGCACCCACGACCACCACCAACACGGGCGGUAUGUCCAAGUACCAGCAACUGCUUGCAGUCAUCGAGGAGAUGGGCAAAGACAUCCGCCCCACCUACGCUGGCAGCAAAAGCAGCGCUGAACGGCUCAAACGCGGCAUCGUGCAUGCCAGGAUACUUGUCAGGGAGUGCCUCAUAGAAACUGACAGGGCGGCAAGGAGCCAAGUCUAAAGUUUCGAGCGUAAAAGAAGCCUAGAUUGUGGCCUAAUCAAAACCUAUCUUUCGGUCAAUCUUUAAUUAACAUGAAUUGAAUUAUUACUAUUAAUUAAACCAAAAGAAUAAUUGUUGCAUCUUGCGUGAUGUGUGCUUUUCAGCCAAUGUCUCAGCGCGAACAAUACAGUUACUGGAAUUGAAGUCAAAUAUUGUAUUAAGUAAUUCACUUCCUGUUGUAAAAUGAAGACCACAGCUAGCCUUGAGUUCUCACUGAAAAGUGCUUCAAAAAAUUUUGAACUAGCGCGAUGGUGCCUUGGUGCUUUCUGGGAGCAAAUCCUUGGAAUUGGUCGAGGUGUAAUAAUUCUCGCUUAUUUGGAAUUUUUGCUCUGUGCAAACUGACUAUAAUUGUGGACUUUUGACACCGUAAGAAAUGGGGCCUAAUGAAGCCUAUUGUAAUUAUUAUUCAAUUCAAUUAUGCUGGCUGCUGCGUGGUGUAAGUUCUCGAGAAAUGUAAUGUUCUUAUAGAAUCAAAAUAUUGAUAAUCGUGCAUUAUUGUAAAUUACCCUAUUCGUUUUCAACUGGUAAUUAAUGUUUGCUUCCUGCAAACGAAGGCGGCAAGUGCCGUAGACUGAUGUGUGUCAUACGACUUGCCCGAGGCUGCGGCCACUUUAUUGCAGUGAAUCAGGCAGUGACGCAUACAGGGAGGGGUGCUUCCUGCCAGGGGCACCGCUGUUGGUAGGGCAGCAGCGUUCGAGGCAAUCGUUACUAGCUGAUCGGGGACGAGGUCGUUAUAAAACGCAGUGGGUAUAACUUAAUCUGAUAAUUAUAACAUAUUCGUGUGUAACUCCACAGAACUGGACUAACCUGGAUAACAUGAUAUUGAAUUUCGAUAUUUUACACGAUAUUGAAGUGAAAUUUCAAGAAUUUCGUCUGCAGGUUUAUCUCAAAAGUAUUAUUCGGGAUAAUUUAAUUCCAUUCAAAAUGUUAGAUGACUCGAUAAGUUCCGGUUUUCGAGGUUCUUGAGUUCUGACCUAGAACAGGCUGUCUAGGAAAUAUCUGUUUACAUUUUGCAUGUAAAUUUCAGAUGAAGUUUUUUCUGUAAAAUUUUUUUGUGUUACUAAAUAAUUUUGAUUUGUUAGUUGGGAUUUUAUUGCACUUCUUUGCAUCCAUACCUCGAAAAAUAAGUUUUGAAUUUUACGGUCAGGUAGCCAGACAUUUCAUAAAGAAACUAAUUUUUGUAUGAACGAAGUUGCGUUAAAUAUAAUUAAGUUUUUAAUCGUCGUCUUCAUUCAUUUGUACAAUGAUCUUUGUUGUUUGUUAACGAUCUGUGCAUAUUUUAGAUAAUGUAAUAAAUAAAUGUCUUGUGUUCAGCUACUAAGCCGAAGUGAAUGUGUAGAAUCAUGAUAUUUUUAUCGAAAUCUCUUGUGUACUUGAAUUUGUUUUGUACAUAAAAUUGUACUCAA